AGAAGCUCAUGUUGGAGUUCAAUCUUCAGCCACUGUUUGUUUGCACUACCAAAUUCUUUUUGCAAGAUCGCUUGAUUUGAGUGUCUUGGAAAGUGCAUCGAACGGAAACUUGGGGGAAUAUUGGAAUUCAAUGUUUGUAUGAUCUGCUCUUGGAAAAUGACCAUUCUAUGAGUUGCACGUGUUUGAUUAACAUGUGUCCAUAGUUCUCGUAAACCUAUUUCUGUUCUCUUAAAUUUAGAAUCUUCCCAGUCAGCCAUAGCAUUUCCACAUCAAUUUUCCAGGAAAAUGGUGGGAUGAAAAUUUUCUCAGCGAGAAAGGUGGAGAGAUGGGAGAUCCUAUUUUUAGAACAACCAAGGAAAAGAAACAACUAUUUUUCCCCCCUCAAUGGUCUCAUUGCCACAGCAUUAGCAUUAGCCUCAGCCUCCCUUGCCCACAUUCUUCCACAUCUCCAUGUCGACCGCCGCUGCAUCGCCUGCCACCAACAACGGCGAAGCACCGUCGGUGUACGACAUUCUCCGGGAAUUCAACUUCCCAAUAGGCCUCCUCCCAGAAGGUGUUGUGGGUUGUAGUCUUGAUCGAACCACCGGAAAAUUGGAGGCUUAUUUGAAUGAAGCUUGCCAAUUCUCGCCGGAAGAUCCAUAUGAAUUGAGAUACAAAGCCACCAUUAGUGGGCAGAUCUCAAAGAAUAGGCUAACGGAUCUGAAAGGGGUGACUGUGAAAUUCAUGUUCUUCUGGGUCAACAUUGUGGAGGUGGUGAGAAACGGCGACGAUCUGCUGUUCUCGGUGGGGGUGGCCACGGCGUCGUUUCCAGUGGAUAAUUUCUCCGAGUGCCUGCCGCCGGGUGGGUGUGGAGCCGAUUGCAAGAAUGGAAAAGGGGGGAAAAUUAAAACCAAAUCUCUUGUUUCACCAGCUUGAACUGGAAAUGGUUGGGUUGGGUUCGAAUCUCAGGUAGGAAUCUCUUGAUUUUAUAUUGGUUGGGGGUUUAAAUUGAUGGGAAAUUUUUUGGUGGAAAUGGGGGGUAAGUUAAUAAGAUAAAUGCAUAAUUAUGUUGUGAAUGUUUGAUUCG